AUGCAUAGCCAAGCAGCACAGAUCCCAGUCCUUACCUCGUCGACCUCACGCCAUAGACCAACUCUGGAUCCGCGACAUCAACCCGCGAGGCGGGCGCCACAGAUAAAUGGGGCCACGGGAAACAGGACGAUCUUUAUUCAGACCGAAACCACUCCGAAUGCUGAUGCACUAAAAUUUAACCCCAAUCACCCCGUCCUCCCUGAAAACUUCCCGACCUCAUUCGUAGAAUACCUCUCGCCACGCUCAACCCUCACACCCCCUUACCCGUCUCCGUUGGCCGCCAAGCUCCUCAAUGUCGAUGGAGUCUCCGCUGUCUUCUAUGGCCCGGAUUUCAUCACCAUCACCAAAGCCGGCGACGCGAAUUGGGCGCAUAUCAAACCCGAGGUCUUCAGCCUAAUCACCGAAGCAGUAACCACGGGCGAGCCGAUCAUCAAUGUCGCGGAGGCUGGGGCUGGAGCUGGCCCUGCUGAAGAAGAUUCACUGAGCUAUAAUGAGGACGAUGAUGAGGUUGUCGGCAUGAUUAAGGAGUUGCUGGAGACGAGGAUCCGCCCUGCGAUCCAGGAGGAUGGAGGCGAUAUCGAGUUCCGUGGCUUUGAGGAUGGGAUUGUGUCUUUGAAGCUGCGUGGUGCGUGUCGGACGUGUGAUUCGAGUACAGUGACGUUGAAGAAUGGGAUUGAGUCUAUGUUGAUGCAUUAUAUCGAGGAAGUUAAAGGGGUCAACCAUGUCCUGGAUCAGGAAGAAGAGGUCGGUUUGCAUGAAUUUGCGAAAUUCGAGGAGAAAUUACGGCAACAGAAAGGUCCCCAAGCGACUGCAUCGAGCAGCCUCGACGCAGCUGAGUAA